CCUCUAGUUUAUUGAAUUUGGAAGAGAAAAUGCACGUUAUUCUCCCUACAAGACAUGUCAUACGUUCCAUCAUCCACAAAACCUUAAUCCAACAAAAACAACACCAUCACCAACUAAAACUUCUUUUUCCAACUCACCCUUCAAACUCACUACAUGUUCUCAGCACAUUCAUUCCCUCUAACAACAAUCUCCAACAAUCACUUCUACAAAUGGCCCUUUGUGGAUAUGACAUGAACUUCCAAGAAUACAACACACUCUUGAACGAGUGUGUGAUCAGAAGAGCAUUUAGGGAAGGACAAAGGGUACAUGCCCACAUGAUCAAAACCCGCUAUCUUCCUGCAGUGUAUCUCAGGACAAGGUUGAUUGUGUUCUACGCUAAGUGUGAUUCCUUGGCAGAUGCCCACCGGGUGCUCGACGAAAUGCCUGAACAGAAUGUGGUCUCGUGGACUGCCAUGAUUUCUGCGUAUUCUCAGAGAGGGUAUGCCAUUCAAGCCUUGAAUCUUUUUGUACAGAUGUUAAGAUCAGGUACAGAACCUAAUGAGUUCACUUUUGCUACUGUACUUACUUCUUGUACAGGUUCUCCGGGAUUCUUCUUGGGGAGGCAAAUCCACUCCCUUAUCAUAAGAUUAAAUUACGAAGUGCAUGUUUUUGUUGGAAGUUCACUCCUUGAUAUGUAUGCUAAAGAUGGUAAAAUUCAUGAAGCUCGAGACAUAUUUGAAUGCUUGCCAGAAAGGGAUGUAGUUUCUUGCACUGCUAUAAUCGCUGGAUAUGCUCAACUGGGUCUGGAUGAGGAAGCACUGGAGCUGUUUCGCCGGUUACAGGGGGAAGGAAUGCAGUCCAAUUAUGUUACUUACACUAGUGUCUUAACUGCGCUUUCUGGACUUGCUGCUUUAGAUCAUGGGAAGCAAGUGCACAACCAUGUUCUUCGCGCUGAACUUCCGUCAUAUGUGGUUCUCCAAAAUUCAUUGAUUGACAUGUACUCAAAAUGUGGCAACCUCACUUAUUCUAGAAGAAUUUUCGAUACCAUGCAUGAGAGAACAGUUAUCUCUUGGAAUGCAAUGCUGGUUGGUUAUAGCAAACAUGGAAUGGGAAGAGAAGUACUUGAGCUUUUCACUUUAAUGAGAGAUGAAAACAAAGUCAAGCCUGACAGGGUCACAAUUUUGGCCGUUUUAUCUGGCUGCAGUCACGGGGGACUGGAAAACAAGGGGAUGGAUAUAUUUUAUGAUAUGAUCGAUGAAAAAAUCGCAGUUGAGCCAGAGCCUGAGCAUUAUGGUUGUGUUGUUGAUUUGCUUGGUCGUGCUGGUCGGGUAGAAGAAGCUCUUGAGUUCAUAAAAAAAAUGCCUUUUGAACCAACAGCCGCUAUAUUGGGUUCCCUUUUAGGUGCUUGCAGAGUUCAUUCAAAUGUUGACAUUGGUGAAUUUGUGGGGCAUCGUCUUCUAGAGAUCGAACCUGGGAAUGCCGGAAACUAUGUUAUUCUUUCCAACUUAUAUGCUUCAGUAGGAAAAUGGGAAGAUGUAAGAUCAUUAAGGGACCUGAUGUUGAAGAAGGCUGUAACAAAAGAACCUGGAAGAAGCUGGAUUGAGCUUGAUCAAGUACUUCAUACUUUCCAUGCAAGUGAUCGAUCUCAUCCGAGAAGAGAAGAAGUGGCUGCAAAAGUGAAGGAAUUGUCUGUCAUAUUCAAGGAAGCAGGCUAUCUUCCUGAUUUGAGUUGUGUUUUGCAUGACGUCGAUGAGGAGCAGAAGGAGAAGAUGCUUUUAGGCCACAGUGAAAAGCUAGCAUUGUCUUUUGGGCUAAUUGCCACACCUGAAAGCGUGCCAAUCCGUGUCAUAAAAAAUCUUCGAAUUUGUGUUGAUUGCCAUAAUUUUGCUAAAUAUAUCUCCAAGAUAUAUGGAAGAGAGGUGUGCUUGAGAGAUAAAAACCGAUUUCAUCGAAUUGUUGGAGGAAAGUGUUCCUGUGGAGAUUAUUGGUGAGAAAACAUUGGUAGAGAGCAUUCAAUGAAACUUCUAGGAUUCAAGAAGUGUGUGGCUUUUGGAUCUUUUGACGCAUUCAGUGAUAACACUGAAAUUAGCUUCCAAUUUAACGAAAGUAUACAAUUGCUCCAAGAACGGGGAAACAGGGAAAAAGUAGGCCAACCAAGAUUAAUGGUCAGUUUUUUAUAAGAACAGAUGAGUUUUUAUAUCAGCUAAUCUCAGUUGAUUAUGCCGAAGAGAGAACUGGCUUGACCACAUGGAAUGUGUCUUAGCCCCAUGAACAUGUUCAAAAAUAUGUUCAGAAACUAUCAAACUGGAACCAAGUACUUAUAUCUUUCCCGUUUUCGUUUUUAAACGAAAUUGAUAAUAUGAUUAUGAUUGUUGUACAGAAAGCUUGUAAGUAUUAACUUACACAGACUUUAUUGGUGGCUAUUUCAAGAAGAAAUAUAUUCUAUGACGCAGGCGGAA